AUGGUGAAGUUGAUGGACGAUCAAGGUGAAGAAGCGGUUGUUGGCAGCCAGGGCUAUUGGCUUGACUUCGGCGAUUUUGUUUCAACCGCAGACCUUGAUGCAGAACACAUUGGAGAAAUCGGUUUCCCCAGAGAUUGGCCAAAUGUUUACGGAACUAGCAAAUCUUUGAAACAGUUGGUCGGGAAGAGAGGAAAGUGCGCUGGAAAGAAAGUGGGUGUUGUGCCUCUACCGGAAGCAUCGCAGCUAUCAUUGGUGAAUGGUCUGCAGUUUUAUCCCCUUCAGAGCUUCUCAAAUGCUGAAAAAGCUGCCAAAGUUGCUGGAAUUGAAGUGGUUCGUGGAUGGGCAGUUUACGAGCACCUUGACAAAGGUACCAGUGAAGCAUUUCUAGCAGAACGCUUUUGGUGGAAUGCCCUGUCUGAUGGGACAUGGGUGGAUUUUACACCAAGGCCGGCAAGGUUCCAGGAGAUGCUCUUAGCAGAGGCUGUUGAUGGCGCUCCAAAGAGCAAGGAACCUUUGACAAGCCGCCAGCAAACUCUCAUGCAGCGUUUGCUUUCACAGCGAUUUCCAAGCUCAAAUGACUCCAAUGCAUCCAGUCCUCCCCCACCGAAGGUGACCUCUCCUGCCUCAGCAGCUGUGACAGCGAAGGUCACCUCGAAAGUGCCUUCCAAGACGAAGACGCCAAUCCCAUCGUCGCACCUUGCGCCGAAGUCGUUGCAGGAACUCUGUCGUCGUGUACAGGCUGGUGAAUUGGAUGCCGUGAGGCAGCUGGAUGAAAAGGAGUCCGCUUUGAAGUUGAUGCUUCUUCUGACGGAUGCUGGUGUCUCACAGAAUGCGGACAUUGGGACCGAGAUGAUUGCAGGUGGCGCUGUGCCGAAACUGACCCAGCUCCUUAGUGCAACAGACUCCUUCACGCAAGAAAUGGCCGCAGCUGUCCUGGGCAACCUUUGCCACGAGAGCCCUCCAAAUCAAGACAAGUUAGCAGAUGCUGGCAUGUUUCAAAAGCUUGUGGAUUUGCUAUCCACAGCAGGAGGACCUGCUCAAGAGGCAGCAUAUGCAAUAUGGAAUUUGACCGUGGGUCAUGAAGAGAACAGUGAUGCCAUCGCUCGCCUGGGAGCAGUUCCAAAGUUGGCCGAGCUUCUGAAAUGCACAUCCGACAUUGCCCAAGAAAAUGCCGCUGGAGCCCUCAUGCACAUCACCAUCUCCCCAGUGGCACGUUCUGCGAUCGGCAGUGCCAUCCCAAAGCUCUGUGACCUUCUACAAGCAAGCUAUGAGCCUGAAGUAAGCACCCAAGCGGCUGGUGCUUUGCUUAACUUGGCCAGUGAUUCGUCCGAAUAUGCCAAGAUGAUUGUAGCCAAUGGAGCAGUGACUCACUUGGUGAACUUGGUAAAGGAAGGCCCUGAUUUGGCUCGAGAAUAUUCUGCUGGAGCACUGAUGAAUUUGACACGAGGCGACAUGGAGGUGGCCACCGCAGCCUCAAAGCUUGGAGCUAUUCCUGCUUUGGCUGCACUACUUUCCAAGCCUUCGGGACACUCGGAGUCUCUUGGAGCCUUGGCGAACUUGGCAAGCGGUAGCUCAGAACGGCAGAUUCAAAUCUACAAGGCACAAGUCACACGGAAGACCGUGUCACUACUCAGUGAUCAAGACAUUGAUGUGAGAAGGUCUGCAGCGGCUUUGUUGAUGAACCUGGGUCCACAUCCAAAAAUCAAAGAAAGAAUUGUCGAAGCAGGUGCUCUCAAACCCUUGGCUAAAGCAUUGAAAGAUAGUGAUGAAAUCCUGAAGGAGCGCGCAGCAGGUGCGUUGGCAAACCUUUUCAAUGACCAUGCCAGCAAUGUUCACGCAGGAUAUCAGCAGGCUCCUGAGAUGAUUGGAUCUUUGGUAGCUUUGAUUCAAGAAACUGGGCUGUCUGAAGAUGCAAAGCGUCAGGGUGCUCAUGCUUUAGCAAUGUUGGCCGCAGAAGACGGCCCUUGUGAUGCAGUUUGGCAAGCUGGUGCAGGUCAGCCCCUUCUGGCUCUGCUGAAGGAUAUGGUUGGUGAGGCAGCACUUGGCAUCAUGAAUCUCUCUUGGAGGUGGACAGAAGUGAAAGCAGAGCUCGUCAAGUGUGGCACUCUGGAGUACUUGAUGGACAUGCUGCGGCUUGGUGAUGAUUCAGCGAAAGAAUAUGCAGCAGGUGCUUUGAUGAACCUGACGGCUGGAUCUCCGGACAAUGCUGAGAAAGCUGCACCAGCGGUGAAGGACUUGACGGAGUUGUUGAAAUCAAAAGCCGUGCAGGCCGCCGAAUGGGCAGCUGGUGCUUUAGCCAACAUCACAAGAUCGGCUGAGGCCACGCAGAAAACCGCCAUUGAGCAUGGUGCUGCCACGUCCAUUGCAGCUUUGCUGCCAAAGGUCACUGCAAACGGCAUGAGUCUCGUGGUUCUGGCUUUGGCAUCGCUCGCUGACACACAAGCAGCAAGUGUGGCUAAAGCCCUUGGACCAGAAGCCAAGGCAAAGCUCAGAGAUUUCCGGGAUAGCAAUAAUCCAGAUUUGGCAGAAUACACCAAGGCCUUGAUUGACAAGCUUGGCUCAAACUUUUCUUUAUGA